AUGCAUCCAUCAAACGAAAAUAAUCAAACAUCAACAUCUGAAAAUGAAAAUAAUCAAGUAUCGACAUCUGAAAAUGAAAAUAAUCAAACAUCGACAUCUGAACAUGACAAUAAUCAAACAUCAACGUCCGACACAGUAGUCUUUCUCCCGGCAAUACAAACGUCACAACUCAUUGCCGAAAACGAAAAUGAUCAUACAUUAACACCCGACACUGCAAAUUCUGACAUUCCAGUCUUACGUCGAGCCCAACUUAGAAACGAAAACGAAAAUAUUCGAAUGCCUGCUCGUGAUAGGAUAGUUUCAGAUACCUUUCCAAUAUCACGUAUAUCGAAUAUUAUGAAUGAAAGUUUGGCUUCUAGUUCGUCUUCUUCUAGAACAAUAUAUUCAGAACCUCGUUCACCUCGCUCAUCACUAAAUGCUCAACUGGAUGCAUUGGUAUAUAAUGCAAUAAUUAAAGACGAUGUUCAAUCUCUCGCAAAGGUUUUAGAUGAAUAUCCCGAUUAUGAUUUAAGUCGUCUUAUUAAUCCUACUUCUUCAGAAAAUAAUGAGUCUAAUAAAACUCAAGAUAGUCCUAAGACUCCUUUAAUGAUUGCUGCUUCUCUAGACUGUCAAAUGACUGUAAAUUAUUUGUUGAAGUCGAAUAUUGAAGUUGAUAUGCAAGACGAAUCUGGUGAAACCGCUUUAUUUCAAGCUGCUGCAGCAGGAAAUGCUGAUGUGGCAAAAAUUCUGAUAAAAUAUGAUGCAUCGGUUAAUCUAUCAAACAAUAACAGUGUAUCCCCACUUAUGAUAGCUGCGUAUCAUGGACAUUCUUAUGUUUGUAGGAUGUUAUUAGAUCGUGGACGUGCAAACAUUAAUCAAAAAGAUAUGACUGAAAAAACUGCUAUCGCAUAUGCUGCUCACAAUGGGCACGGCCUUGCUGUGGAAACUCUUUUAACCAGAGGUGCUAAUAUUGAUAUUGUUGAUAUGUACCAUUGGUCACCUUUAAUGUUAGCGGCGUAUAAAGGGCGAGCAAAUAUAGUCCGUCAGUUACUUUUAGCAAAUGCUGAUAAGGAUUUAAAGACCGCUAAUGGAAAAACUGCUGCUCAGCUUGCACGUGAUGGUGGCUACCUACAUGUUUCUGAUAUGAUAGAAAAUUUUAUUAUGCCUGAUGAUAGUUAUAAUGCUCAUGAUUCAAGAAUUUUAUCUGAUUCAAUUAUUGAAAAAGGUGAUUUUAAAAGAAGAAGUGUUCAAAUAUCUGCUCGACUUGCCCCAGGAAGGUCUAACUUGAGAGACUUUUCUAUUAAUAGUAGUCGACAAAUAGGUACCCUUUCAAGAUUAUCCAUGGAAAUGACUCCAAGGAAAGAAAAUACUUGGUGGGUUUACCUAUCAUGGAUAUUAUCUUUUGUAUUCUUUGAUAAAUUGUUAGCCAAAUUUGGAGGAAUGGAUAAUCCACAAUUACGACAAGCUUGGAGAGAAAAAUUUGCACUAUGUGUUCUUGUAGCUUUAGCAUCUACAUUUGCUGCUUUAUUGACAUUUGGUUUCAUAGGAUUAAGUUGUACUGAUCCAUUACCUGUUCCAAAUUCAGUUGUCAGUGAACUUUGGAGUAAUUCAACAAAUUCAAAUGCAGAUUUAGUUAUGAUACUGCGUGGAAAAAUUUAUAAAACUGGUGAUUAUUUUAAAUCCGGACUUCAUCGUCCAAUCUUACCAGAAACUGAUGACACAUUACUUGGAAUUAUUAAUCCAUUAUUUGGAAAAGAUAUUUCUCAAUUUUUUCCAUUGGACAAUGAUGCUAUUGGUUGUAGAUUUCGUCCCGCUAAUUUUAAUUCAACAGAUUUAUGUCCUUCGUUGCCGGGUGAUUCAAGAUAUCAUUGCCAUACUUCAAAAAUUUCCAUGCGUACUUUAGAAUCUUUAUCAACUAAUCGUUAUGUUGGCUUUUCAUGGGAUGAGAUAGCUUCAAAUACUAGCAACAGAAAAUUAUUAGUAAAUAGAAAUUAUGUAUAUGAUUUCACAUCAUAUCUUGAUCCAUCAAACAUUGAUCUAUGGUUAGGUGAUGAUAAAAAUCUUACACGAGCAUGGAUAGAAAGUCUGAUUGGACGUGAUGCGACUUUAGAUAUAACUCGAACAUCUCAAAAUGAUGUGGCGAAAUGUUUCGACAACUUUUUAGUAGGAAAAGUUGAAGGAAUUCCAUAUGGUUGUGCAACAAUGACAUUAGCUAUUAUAGUAGUGACUACGAUAUCCACAUUUUAUGCAUUAUUAAAGUUAACAUCAGCAUUUGUUUAUGAUCUCUACAUUUCAAAAAAACUCGGUGCUCCCAAAACGAUUUCACAAGAUAACCAAAAAUAUAUGAUAAUAACAAUUCCUUGUUAUAGUGAAGGUCGAGAAUCUUUAAAAAAUAGUUUUGAUUCAUUGGCUGCUUCUGAUUAUUCAGAUCAACAUAAGUUGUUUUUCAUAGUUGCUGAUGGAAAUAUUACAGGAAGUGGUGAAACAGAAUCUACACCUAAUAUUUUAAAAAGUCUUAUCGUACCACUUGAUGAUCCAGUUCCAAACCCGGCAAGUUAUUUAGCAAUUGGCCCAGGUCCAAAACGCCAUAACAUGGCACAAGUUUAUUCUGGUCAUUACCAUUAUGAAAAUCGCCGAAUUCCUACCAUCCUUGUAAUAAAAUGUGGGACACCUGCAGAAAAAGAUUUACCUAAAGCUGGAAAUCGUGGUAAACGUGAUACACAAUUGGUAUUGAUGAAUUUAUUAAAACAUGCAUUUCACAAUGAACCAAUGUGUGAAUUAGAAUUUGAAAUGUUCGAGAAAGUUAGACAACUAACAGGAGUAACGGUGGAUCAAUAUCAAUUAGUGUGUAUGAUUGAUGCCGAUACUAUUAUUGAAGAAAAAAGUUUAAAUAGAAUGGUGGAAUGUAUAAAUCGGGAACCUAGUAUUACUGGAAUUUGUGGAGAAACUCAAGUUUUGAAUAAAACUGAAAACUGGGUCACUAUGAUUCAGGUCUUUGAAUAUUAUAUAUCACAUCAUCUUGGAAAAGCUUUUGAGUCUAUAUUCGCAUGUGUGACUUGUCUCCCUGGUUGUUUCUGCAUGUACCAAGUCUAUUCUCAUAAUGAAGAAGGUUACAAGAUUCCAAUCCUGAUCGACGACGCCAUAAUGACUAAUUAUACAACAAAUGAGGUUGAUACGUUACAUCAAAAAAAUCUCUUACUCCUUGGCGAAGAUCGUUACUUAACUACUUUAAUGCUUCGCGCAUUUCCACAUCUGAAAACUAUGUAUUGUUCAAAAGCCAUCUGCCAAACUAUAGUUCCCAAUACAUUCUCCGUAUUAGUUUCACAACGUCGUCGUUGGAUCAACGGUACAAUCCACACUUUAAUGGAACUAGUAGCAUCUCCUGAAUUACCAGGAAGAUUUUGUUUUUCAAUGCAAUGCGCGUCAUUUCUUGAUUUAUUUGGAUCAGUGACGUCACCGUUUGCUUUCAUGUUCACAAUAUACCUUGUUAUUGGAUUAUUGCUUGGUCAACCAUAUCAACUACAAGUUGCCAAUGCUGCGGUAACUUAUUUUAUUCAGCUUGUGUUGAUAAUAUUUGCAGGUCUUGACCCGAUAAAUGCUGUAUGGUUUCUGGUUUAUUUAACAUCUGUACCGGUUUGGAGUGUUAUUUUGCCUCUAUAUUCAUUUUGGAAUUUUGAUGACUUUACUUGGGGUGCAACACGAAAAAUUGAAGGUGCAAAUCCUGGCCACGAUAAUGAACAAACAUUUGACAAAUUUGACCCUAAAAAAAUCGUAUUUAGGAAAUGGGAUGAAUGG